AUGGACUUUGGUGGUUCAAAGACUAUCAGAGUUGAAAACCUUCCACCACACUCCCAUAGGUUCAGUGCAACAACAUCUACUAAUGGAGAGCAUUCACAUUCAAUGACAAAAAGAGGUUAUACAAAUCUUGCAGCAGGUUCUGAUAGACAAGGUAUGAAUAGAUAUGAUAUCACAGAUGACCCUAGAGAUGUUAGUACAGGUAUUUUCUGCGGAUCUGCAGGAAACCAUACUCACACAGUAGCUGGAAUCACAGAUGCAACAGGAAAAGGUCAAGACUUCUUACCACCAUUUAUGACUGUAUUCGCUUGGUUCAGAGCUGCUUAA